GCUAUAUAGAGUAAGCUUACCGACAAGAGCCAUCGAGCGUGGCCAUUUACAGUAGUGACGCUUUGACAACCUGAUAGGAUACAUUAGAACAGCGAUGUUGAGCCUCAGUUGUCUUCGCGUCUUGCUGCUCGGUCUUGCGGUCACCACCUCGGAGGCUAUUCCGGCUGGUCGAAGGAAUACCGAUUCCAAUUCGACCGUCGACCUGGGAUAUGCGGUAUACCAAGGAUCUGUCAACUCAAAGACCAACGUCCAGUCGUUCAAGGGGAUCCGAUAUGCCGCUCCUCCUCUUGGUGAACUUAGGUUCCGAGCGCCUGAACAACCUCUCGCUGCUCAAGGUAUUCAAGAUGCAACAACCUUCGGGUCUCAAUGUUUCCAACAAGGCGUAGGAUCUCGAUAUGCCAACCAGACGGCCGCCUUGACAGCCGCCCGGGCUGGGUUGAACGGAUCGUCGGAGGACUGCCUGUUCUUGAACGUCUAUGCACCGAAUGGAGGGAAUGGGCAGGGGUUGCCGGUGAUGGUCUGGAUUCACGGAGGAGGUUACACCUUGGGCGCAAGCAACACUUUCGAUCCUGCCUACUUUUACACUCGACCGCAGUCGGACUACGUCAUUGUCACUAUCAACUACAGGUUGGGCGUGUUCGGUUUCCUUGCCGGACAAGAAGUCAAGGAUGGAGGCGCUCUGAACGCCGGUAUUCUUGAUCAACAAGCCGCAUUGCAGUGGGUACAGGCACAUAUCGACAAGUUCGGUGGCAACCCAGAAGACGUUACGCUGUAUGGAGAAUCUGCCGGUGCGGGUAGCAUUCUCCAGCAUAUCGUCGCGAAUGGAGGCAACACCCAACCUCCCCUUUUCGUCGGCGCGAUCGCGUCCAGCCCGUUCGAACCUCCUCAAUUCUACUACAACGACACGGUCCCUCAGGGUGUUUACCAGUCCUUGGUCGACUCGGUCAGCUGCACCAACUCGAAUGAUACCCUCGAAUGUCUGAGAGAACAGGAUGCGGCGAAUCUGGCGACGGAGGGCUUGCUCAUCAUCAACCAACAAGAGCCUGGCGAUUUCCUAACGGUUCCCGUCAUUGAUGGAGAGUUCAUCACUGAUCGCCCUCUUGAAAUCCUGAGGAGCGGCCAGUUCAACGGGAAAUACCUCUGGUCGCACCGUAACUUUAACGAGGGUAUCGUCUACGGAGGAAGCAGCUUUGUCCCCACCAAUAUCGGCUCGAACGUGACUCUGCAGGAGCAAUACCUGAACCGCUCGAAGCCCGAGUUAUCGGCCUAUCAGCAGGCUCAGUUGAUCGAUGUCUACGACGCGCAGACGUUCGGGUCGGUCCAAGUCGCUACCGAAAAGCUAUACAGCGAUGGUACUUUCGGCUGUCAAUCCGUUUGGAUGGCUCGCGCAUUCCAGAACCAGUCCUACAUCAGCUACUUGGUCAUUCCCGGGUUCGGCGUCCACGGUGGAGAUCUUGCAUUCUCCUGGAACGCGCCUCAACUCUUGAACAUGUCCGCGGCUUAUGCCGGAGAGACCCAGGCUUAUACGGAUAACAUCAACUCGUUCGUCGUCAACCAUAAACCGCUGAACAGCGACUGGAUUGCAUUCGACGAUGCCAACCCGACGAACUUUGUCUGGAACGUCACCCAGGGAACACUGGCACCUGAUAACGAAGUCAGGCCGCUCGAUCAAGGGUUCUUGGGUCGUUGCCAGUUGUGGUCGGACCUCGCUCCUACGUUGCCCUUGUAAAGCAGCGAUUGCCAGUCGAAAGAUUCCGGUCGACGUCCCGGCAAGAGUGGAACGGGAACGUAGUUGAUCGCGAGAGCGAGGGGAAAAAGUCGCAGUCCCGGAUGAAACAACCAAAAAAAUAUAUAAUCGGUAUCGUGAACUGUGUGGAGGUCAUAAGUUACAACAAGACGGUCAUAAUUACACCUCGCCUAUAGCUAUAGUAUGCCCAGGAAAGAUGUGGAAAAAAGUCUCCUAUUCCGUUUGUAGGACGUUAUAAACUUGAUGUCGUUUCCGGUAAAAUUAUGCGAAAUGAUGAUUCGAUGUUCGCGAAA